GAAUCCCACCAUCGUUCGCCACAUUUGUCCUGCAUUUAGUUCUUGAGAGACGCCAAAAAAGAAGAAGAAGAAAGAAAGCAGAGGAAGGCAAUCAUGGUGAUGAAAGUUUAUGAAGCCGCCUUCUCCACCGCGGCGAUGCGGGUCUUCGCUGCUCUCUACGAGAAGGACCUCAAGUUCGAGUUAGUCCCCGUCGACAUUCGAGCCGGCGAGCACAAGAAGGAGCACUUUCUCGCCAUCAACCCUUUUGGUCAAGUCCCGGCCUUUGAAGACGGAGAUGUGAAGCUAUUCGAAUCGAGGGCAAUUACUCAGUACAUUGCUCAUGUUUACGCGGACAAGGGCACUCCGCUCGUCUACGAGGGCAAACCCAUGGCAACGGUGGGCUUGUGGAUUGAGGUCGAGGCCCACCAUUUUGAACCCUUCGCGUCGAAGCUGCUGUGGGAGCUCGUGUACAAGCCGAAGUUCGGCAUGGCCACGGACGCUGCUGUAGUGGAGGAGAACGAGCCCAAGCUCGCCAAAGUGCUCGACGUCUACGAGGCCCGGCUGAGCCAGUCCAGGUACUUGGGCUGCGACUACUUCACCCUGGCUGACCUCCACCACCUACCAACCAUGACCAACCUGAUGGGGACACCAUUGAAGAAGCUGUUGGCUGCUCGCCCCAAGGUGAGCGCUUGGGCGGUCGACAUCAUGGCCCGGCCUGCUUGGGGCAAGGUUCUUGCCAUGAGGAACCAGCAGUGAAUCAAAGGUUCUAGUCCAAGUAGUCUGGGGUUGGCG